UCUGGCAGACGAUUUCCAGGUUAGCGUGGGAGCUGUCGUUCGUCAAAAGCUGGCACACGCAGAGAGAGAGGGAUCGAGGAGCUAGGGUUUUGGAUGGGCAAUGGAAGAGGAGGCAGUGACCGAGGAGGAGGCGCUCGCUCUCAAGCGAUUCAAGGGCGUGAUCCUGGCGCGGGGCUAUCACUACCCGCAGCGCGGCGACGAUCACACGCUCCUGCGCUUCCUCCGCGCCAGGGCGCUCGACAUCAGCAAGGCCGCCCAGAUCUACGGGGACUACGUCAAGUGGCGCCGCGAUAAUCACAUCGAUUCCUUGCUCCAAACAUUCACAUUCCCGGAGCUGGAUGCUGUCUUGGCAGCUUGGCCGCAAAACUGGCACAAGACUGAUAGAUUUGGCCGACCGAUCAACAUCCAGCUUCUCUCGAGAUUGAGAAUCCAGGAGGUGUUCCACGCUACCACCGAGGAGAGACUUUUGAAGAGAGCUCUUUGGGUGUGGGAAGAGCUCCACGAAGUGAAGCUACCGGCGUGUUCUAAAGCCGCUGGCCACCAAGUUGGCCGCGCUACAAUCAUCGUGGAUCUCAAAGAUAUCCCUUUGGGAACCAUCACCAAUGCUCAUGGACGCCGGGUGCUGAUCAAGAUGGCUCAAAUCUUCUCGCGCUACUAUCCCGAGUACCUCGGCCGACUCAUCAUCGUCAAUGCUCCGGCCGCUUUCAAGGUGCUGUGGGAGAUCCUCUUGCCUUUCAUCGAUGUUCCAACGCAAAAGAGAAUUGGGAUCCACAGGGGGAACGGGCUGGCCGAUUUGCUCAGCGUGGUCGCGCCAGAGAACCUCCCUUGCUUUCUCGGUGGCUCUUGCAAGUGUCCCCAAGGCUGCGAGAACUCUUUAACCGGACCAUGGAGCGACAAAGUUGACGCUCAACAGCGAAUGUAAACAACGAGAUGAAAAGAUUUUUUUUGAGAAAUCCGAGUUGCAAAGAAACUCACAGCAGGGCUUUUGCAA